AUGGCAGACGCAGAGCUCGAGGAGAUCAGAAAAGCCCGCCUGGCACAGCUGCAGCAGGGCGCCGGUGACGACGACCAGAGCAGGAAGGAGAACGAGGCCAGACAGUCGAUACUCUCGCAGAUCCUCCUCCCCGAGGCCGCAGACAGGCUCGGACGCAUCCGUCUCGUCAAGGAGUCCCGCGCCACAGACAUAGAGAACAGGCUCAUCAUGCUCGCCCGCUCCGGCCAGCUGCGCCAGAAGGUCACCGAGGACCAGCUCAAGGAGCUCCUCAACGCUGUCGCCGACCACAAGGAGGAGAAGAUUGUCAUCUCCCGGCGGGGCGGAUGGGACGACGACCUCGACUUGUAG